CUCAUAACAUAGAAUUAGAUGGUUAUCGACUUUCUGGUUUUGGAGUUCCACUACCAUACACCAUUUCGUAUCAACAUGGCCUCCCUCUCCUCCUCCACUUAUCCCUACUCACCGGCGUUUAACCGGAAGCCCAUGAAUAACAUAAAACCCAUUCAAAGAACAUCCAUACCACUACCCAUAUCUAAACCCGAAAUUGAAGAACCACCCUCUGUCACUUCUAACAAUGCUGUUACAGAGCAAAGCCGAAAAAGAGGAACAGUUGAUUUAAAGAAGCUGAAGGAAACAGAGGAAAGAGAGAGAAAAGAGGAAGUGAACAGGAAGAUAGCCUCAAAGAAAGCGUUAUCAGUCAUAUUGCGGAGAGAGGCAACCAAAGCUGUCAUUGAUAAGAAGUGGGGAAAAAUUAGUUCCAAAAGGCUGUUACCCAGGACUGUUCUUGAAGCUCUUCAUGACAGAAUUACUGCUCUGCGUUGGGAGUCUGCUCUCAAGGUUUUUGAACUACUGCGUGAGCAGCUCUGGUACAGGCCUAACUCUGGUGUUUACAUAAAGCUAAUUGUCAUGCUUGGGAAAUGUAAACAACCUGAAAAAGCGCAUGAGCUUUUUCAAGCCAUGGUUGAUGAAGGCUGUGCUGUGAACCAUCAAUCCUAUACUGCUCUUUUGUCUGCAUAUGGUAGGAGUGCUCGAUUUGAUAAAGCAUUUUUCCUCCUUGAGCAGAUGAAGAGCACUCCUGACUGUCAUCCAGAUGUCAACACAUACUCUAUCCUCAUUAAAUCAUGCCUUCAGGUUGCUGCCUUUGAUGAAGUGCAAGCUUUGCUUUCUGACAUGAAAACCCAGGGAAUCAGACCCAACACCAUCACAUACAACACCCUCGUUGAUGCCUAUGGGAAAGCAAAAAUGUUUGCAGAGAUGGAAUCCACACUUGUGAAGAUGCUUGGUGAGGAAUGUGAGCCUGAUGUUUGGACCAUGAACUCCACACUCAGAGCCUUUGGCAAUAGUGGUCAGAUAGAGACCAUGGAGAAAUGUUAUGAGAAGUUCCAGAGAGCUGGGAUCGAUCCCAGCAUCAAUACUUUCAAUAUACUUCUUGAUUCAUAUGGAAAAGCUGCGGAAUAUGAGAAAAUGAGUGCUGUCAUGGAGUAUAUGCAGAAAUACCAUUAUUCUUGGACCAUUGUAACCUACAACAUUGUGAUAGAUGCAUUUGGCAGGGCUGGGGAUUUGAAACAGAUGGAAUACUUAUUUCGGCUAAUGCGGUCCGAGAGAAUCAAACCAAGCUGUGUCACAUUUUGCUCUCUUGUAAGGGCUUAUGGAAAAGCCGGUAAACCUGAAAAAAUCGGGGGUGUCCUGCGGUUUAUUGAGAAUUCGGAUGUAACUUUGGAUACUGUAUUUUUUAAUUGUUUGGUUGAUGCUUAUGGGAGGCUGGGACUCUUGGCAGAGAUGAAAGGAGUACUUGAGAUGAUGGAGCUGAGAGGAUGUAAGCCUGAUAAGAUUACUUAUAGAACUAUGGCUAAAGCAUAUUCAAUGAAUGGGAUGAUUAGCCAUGCGAAGGAGACCCAAGAUCUUAUUAAGUCAGCAGAACAGACUCGAAUGGGGAUGAAUAAGCCCGAUUUCUGAGAUGAAGAAUUUUCACAGUUCAAACAUCUCUGAGAUCUAUGUAGAUUGUAUGCUUGUUUGUUGUAUUCUUUUUGUGUAUGUUAUCACAGAUAAACAAUUAAUGUAUACAUUCUUUGGGUUAAUGAAGUAACCUUGUCUUUUUAA